CAACUGCAGAGACCCGGGUCCACUCACACCUCUGUUCCCGCCGCCAUCUUCCUGCCUGGCCCACUAUUUACCCUUCCCUCCCCUCUUCCCUCCUCUUCGUCCUCCCAUUCUCCCCGGUUCUCCGCCCGGUCCCCUCCCAACGUCUGACGCAGCACGCCAAAGGCUUGGGGUCCCUCCCGCACCCUACCUCCUGCCCUCCCGGGUGACGCCUGAUAGAGAAGUGGGAGGAGCGGAGAGAGAUGGGCUGGGAAAGCCGCUGUGCUGCAUUCUGGGAGGGCCAGAUCUGUCAGCCGCGUUGCCUCCUGGGAGUUGUAGUCGCAAUUCUGAGUCGACUGGUGAGUUUAUCCCCGGUAACAAAAAAAAGCCAUUUAAUGUUAAGUCUACACAAUGGACAGCACAAAAGAAAAGAAUGACAGUUGCAAAGAUGAUCUUCUGCUUAGGAUGGGACUUAAUGAUAAUAAAGCUGGGAUGGAAGGAUUAGAUAAAGAGAAAAUAAACAAAAUUAUAAUGGAAGCCACAAAGGGCUCCAGAUUUUAUGAAAAUGAGCUCAAGAAAGAAAAGCAAGUCAACCAACGAAUUGAAACUAUGAUGCAACAAAAAGCUCAAAUUACCAGCCAACAGCUAAGGAAAGCACAAUUACAGGUCGACAGAUGUGCAAUGGAAUUAGAACAGAGCCGGGACCUGAACAAUACCAUAGUGCACAUUGACAUGGAUGCUUUCUAUGCAGCUGUGGAAAUGAGGGACAAUCCAGAGCUGAAGGAUAAACCCAUUGCUGUAGGAUCAUCUAGUAUGUUGAGUACCUCAAAUUACCAUGCAAGGAGGUUUGGAGUUCGUGCAGCCAUGCCAGGAUUUAUUGCUAAAAAACUCUGCCCACAACUUACUAUAGUGCCUCCAAACUUUGACAAAUACCGAGCUGUGAGUAGAGAGGUUAAGGAAAUACUUGCUGAUUAUGAUCCCAAUUUUAUGGCCAUGAGUCUUGAUGAAGCCUACUUGAAUAUAACAACGCACUUACAGGAAAGACAAAAUUGGCCUGAGGACAAAAGAAAAUAUUUCAUCAAAACAGGGACCUCUCUAGAAAAUGGUAAGCCAGAAAAGGAACUUAAUAAACUGAGUGAGAAUGAACGAUCCAUCUCUCCAUUACUUUUUGAAGAUAGUCCUCCUGAUUUGCAGCCCCCAGAAAACACUUCCCAGGUGAACAGUGAAGAACAAAAUAAUCCUCAAACAAUUCAAAACUCAGUUGUUUUUGGAACAUCAGCCGAGGAAGUGGUAAAGGAAAUUCGUUUCAGAAUUGAGCAAAAAACAACACUGACAGCCAGUGCAGGCAUUGCCCCAAAUACAAUGUUAGCAAAAGUAUGCAGUGAUAAGAAUAAACCAAAUGGACAAUACCAAAUUCUCCCUAACAGACAAGCUGUGAUGGAUUUCAUCAAGGACUUACCCAUUAGAAAGGUUUCUGGAAUAGGAAAGGUUACAGAGAAAAUGUUAAAGGUUCUUGGAAUUAUUACUUGUACAGAACUCUACCAACAGAGGGCAUUACUUUCUCUUCUUUUCUCUGAAACAUCUUGGCGUUACUUCCUACAGAUUUCCAUGGGUCUGGGUUCAACACACCUGACAAGGGAUGGAGAGAGGAAAAGCAUGAGUGUUGAGAGGACAUUCAGUGAGAUAAGUAAAGCAGAAGAACAGUACAGCUUGUGCCAGGAACUUUGCAGUGAACUUGCUCAAGAUCUGCAGAAAGAAGGACUUAAGGGUAGAACUGUUACCAUUAAGCUGAAGAAUGUGAAUUUUGAAGUAAAAACUCGUGCAUCUACAGUUUCAUCUGUUGUGUCUACUGCAGAAGAAAUAUUUGCUCUUGCUAAAGAAUUGCUAAGAACAGAAAUUGAUGCUGAUUUUCCACAUCCCUUGAGGUUAAGGCUUAUGGGUGUUCGGCUAUCUAGUUUUCUCAAUGAAGAAGAUAAGAAACACCAACAAAGGAGUAUUGUUGGUUUCUUACAGGCUGGAGACCCAACCCUGUCAGGCACUGGGUGUAUAGAGAAAAAUGACAAAGAUCAGUUUUUAAAACCUGUAGAAAUGUCUCAUAAGAAGAGUUUUUUUGAUAAAAAACGAUCAGAAAAGAAAUGGAGCCACCAAGACACAGUUAAGUGUGAAACUGUGAAUGGACACGCUGUACAGACAUCACAAUCAUUCCAAGUUUUAAAGAAGAAGAUGAGUGAGAAUUUAGAAACAUCAGAGAAUUCAGAUAACAAUCAGAUAUUUACCUGUCCUGUUUGCUUUCGGGAGCAAGGAAGCAUCAGUCUGGAAGCCUUUAAUAAACAUGUAGAUGCAUGUCUUAAUGGACCUUCGAUGAGUGAAAUGUUCUCAUAUUCACAUGCUGCUUCUACAAAAGUUAACAAGAAAGGACACAUACAUCAUUCUUUUUCCCUCUGUGAGAAGCAGGAUUAUGAAACCCAUCAAAAGAAUACAGAAAUCAAUUCGGAAGAUUGUGCUGAAUUGGUAGAGACUGUAGGCAAUCCAUCUGAAGUAGAAAGUAUAGAUGCUUUAAGUAAUAAGUAUAGCAAAGAGGGAUGUUCUAGCCUUCCAAGCACGUCAUUUAAUAUUGAAAACUGUCAUCAGAAUUCUUGUUCUGUUGCACUGGAAAGUGAAGAUGCUGGGUCACUGAGAAGGCAAGAACCCCCCCAGCCUUAUUUAUAUGAAGAGAUGACAGACCAGGCUCUAAUUUGUCCUGUUUGUAAUGUAGAGCAAAAAACUUCAGAUCUUACCCAGUUCAAUGUGCAUGUGGAUAUUUGCUUAAAUAAAGGCAUAAUCCAGGAACUUAAAAAGGAUAAAGUUAAUCCAGUAAACCAACCCAAAGAAAGCACCAAAAGUACUGGUAACUCAGGCAGAGUGCAGAAGGCUGUAACAAAAACAAAGAGAUCAGGAUCCAUGACAAAGUACUCAGCAUCAAAGAAAAUAAAACCAAGCAAUCCCAGACAUACCCUUGAUAUAUUUUUUAAAUGAACAUUGAACUUUUUAUCAUUAGUUUUUAAUUGGAACUUAUUUUUUAUAAUCACUGAAGGUAUUCUUGCUCAUUUUAAGUUUACAGAUUCAUUUAGCGAAAUGGCCAAUGUAGUAAUCCUUCCCCAGUGAUAUUUCCCUUACAUGAAUUUGGAAUAUAUACUAAUGUUUUGUAUACUUUUUGGGUACCACAAGAAUUGCACACUUCCUGUUAGAGAUACUUUUAAAAUGAGAAAUUAGGAAUGGGAUCAAUAGAUCAAUAAGUGAUUUAUUUCUUUAUUAAAUUUUAUAGUGAAUGUAAAACCAUGUAUUUAUAAGGGCUCUGAUAUUCACAGAAACCUUUUUUAGCAUAAAAGCUUUUCAGUACUUAACUGUUUUGUUGGCACUGGUCUGCCAUAAUUGAUCUUAGUAUCUUCUACAACUUUGUAUAUUUGUAUUUUAGCUCCUACUACCUUCAGGUACCUCAUGAGCAUUCUUGAUUAAUAUUUAUCAUACAUUCUAUGAAAAAAGCUUAGCAGAACUAGCAUGAGAGGUUCUGUUCCUUUCAGGAUAAUAAUAUCACAGUAUUAUUUUCUGUGUUAAAAGAGUUUUGCUUAAAUUAUUCAUUUGAUUUUUUUAAUUUAAACUUACUUUUUUAUGAAUAAGCACUUGGUCCACUUUUUAAAAAAUUUAGUCUAAGAUAUAAAGUAAUUGUUUUUUAUUUAGGACUUUUAAAUGGCAAUAUUUAAUUUCUUGGCAGUUAUGCGUGUACUCUUCUCAAAUCUAUAAAGAAUAAAUUGUGCACUCACUUUAUUUUUAUAAAACCUUAUAGAGAAAAAUGCACAAUUCAAAAGAUGAAUGUGUUUACACUAGAUCAUGUAUCUUAGUUAUAUUUCUGUCAUGUUUUUAUUAAUAUUUAUGAAAGAAGACAGCUUAACAGUAAGUAGUUAGCUUAAGUAGUUGCUCCAGAUAAUUUUGUGCUAUGAGUAAUAAUUUUUAUCAGAAACAAUUAUUUAUCUGAAACAUGAAGAUGGUAGCCAUUUUGUGACUGCUUUAAAGAACCAUACCUUUUAUUCUCUUAGAUUUUUGUUUUCUUUUAUCCUACUUUUCUUUUUAGUUGACAUACAACCUUAUAUAAUAGGGAAAUGAAAAGUUACAGGUUAUAACAAUGAUUUAAUAUUUGUAUACCUACUUUUCAUCUAAAUUCACCUCAUUUAAAUUUAUAAAGAAAUCAUAUUUUAGGAAUAGCUUAAAUUACGAUCUUGCCCAGCCUUUGGCAAAAGUGGUAACUUGACUUUAAAUUUCUAGAUUGUUUAAAAUAAGGCUUACUGUUUAUUAGCAUGCCGAUCACAUGCCUGUUGUUAUUGUAUACAAGUGUGAAAACAGCAUUGUGCUGUGGUUCUUGACUGUGUGAUUUACUUAUGCAGGAUCUGUAAAAAAUUAAGUUCUGUGAAACACCGAUUUAAUGUAUUGAAAAAUAGAUGGUACCAUAGAUGUUUUCUGUCUUGCCUCAAGUUAAUUUUUAUUGUUUUCAACAUUAAAUACUAAAUUAUUUUA